GUGCAACAUACUUACGUAAGUAUAUUGCACUCAACGUAUAUACGUAGAUUUUUUUCAACUAAGUAAUAUUAAUUUUGUCUUCAAGAAUUUUCUCACUUCUGACUACUGUAAGCUUGCAACUUUGUACCCCGCGACUGAAGAAAAGCAGCUGAGAUUUGAGUGAAUGUCCGUGUGAGGAGCCGUUGAAUAGAUUGCUGCGCUAUGUCGUAGGAAAAACCACAGACAUUCUUAACGUACUUUGUUCGCGAUAUACUGCUAUUUGCCAAAUGCCAAAAGAUUCAUGGAUUACAUUUUUAUCUUUGGCAGUGUUGGCUUGGAGAUUUUGUGGAAGGGUUAACGAGGGACUGUUCUUGUGUUGACUGUUGUAAAAGCAGAGUUCUUUGAAUUUAGGCUAUUUAGCGUCCAAUUCAUGCAACGUCGUCUUGCUGUUAACCCGCUGCCGACCCGUCGGUGGCUGACAUAGUGGUACUGUCUCGGCAAUCCCAUGAGUCGCUUUGUAGUAGUAAACGAAUGGCUUUUCCUUUAUGAUCUCGCUGAUUAUCUGUCGCCACGGUAUGUGGGCGGCGCUUGUGCGACUGCUUGACGUCGUUUAGCGAAGCGGGCCUGACAAUUACUCCGUAAUUAGCGACGUUAUAUCAUACCAGCUUCGCAUCGGCAACCUGCAUACAGUAUGGAUGCCGAAUCCAAGUAUCAAGUGGGCCUCGAACCAUGGCCGUACCGCCGAUUCGGCCGCAGUGUCAGCAGCGGCAACACCGUGAUGGUGAAGCUAAGCGGUGCUUGGUACCUGGGCUUCAUCGAGGACAUUGCCGACGACCAGCAGCAAAUCUUCGUCAACUUCCACUGUAAUUUUUUACCGGCCGCCUGGCUGCCCGCCCGCCAGGUCUUCCCCCAUGCCCUGCUCACGGAGACGUGCGGCGACUUCUUCACGGUACUGGCGGCGUUGCGCGCCGACCCUACCGCGCCGCUGAUAUUCCAGCGCGCCGACGUUGUGGCCGUUUGCCUCAGCGGCCAGUUGAUGUGCUGUGUGCAGAGUCAGACAGGAGCCGCUGCACCGCGCCAGCUGGUGCAUCCGCUGCAGAUUGCCGCCGAGCGGCCGCCUCGUCGGACGGUGUUACAACCGCCGGCUUCGCCAUACCAAGGCGUCUACGCCGCCUACACGACCGAGACGAUGGACGUGGCGCACAUCAACAGUAUCGAUGAGAACCGGCUGCAGUUCGAGAUGAAGCGCGCUCUGUACGCCGCGCAGUGCCGGGCCGUCAGCGCCCCGAUGCGGCGGGCGAUCGGGGAUGAAUUACGGUAUUACAUGGGUUUGGGCCAGAAUUCCGUCAAGUUCGUCAUUUGGCAGCGGCAGGAGGAAGCUUGCAAUUGGAGUGUGGAGAUGCUGUCGGAAUGCGUCCGCCGUUGCUUGCAGAAUGGCGUAUUGGCUAACGAUAAUGCCGUAUCAUGGUAUGGCUGUCCCAGUCCCAGGGGUGAUGCCAUUUCCCAUGACGACGUCGGCAGCGGUUUAGCUGGUCUGCCGCUGGAAAUCAUAGAGAAUAUGCUGGAGUUGGUGGAUGUUGUCACUCGCACCAGAUUGCAACGGGUCAGUCCAGCGUGGACCGAGCUGACUGCUCGCAGCCUCUCGCUACGCCGGCAUUUCAUCAUGGAUUUCGGCCUGCGUGUGCGCAGUGCCAACAAGUCGGACGAAAUGCACCGUCUCGGCCUACUGUUAUACUACGGGCUGAGCCCCGACGUGCGGACGCUGGUGCUGAGCCGAUGGCGGCCCGCCGACUAUUCACUGGGAAGCAAUGGUUACAGCUACGGUGAUGCUGAUUUAACCGUCAUGCGGCAGGUAAUCAGGAUGCGGCAACUGCCAGCCGGCCUGCAGCGCAUCAUCUAUCACCGCUGCGUCGUCACCUACGACCUGCCGGCUACGUGGUCCUCGUCUAGCCCGGCCACUGCCGACCACCCGACCUUCUUCCCGCUCAACCACUUGUCACCGUUGAUGGAUGUGUGUAGCGGCAGCGGUCAGGUAAUUAUGGUUGACUACGUCCAGAAGGACGCCGUCCGCCACUGGGACUGGCUGCGGCCCCUCCGGAACCCCGACGGGGGCCCCUACAAGCAGCGCAACACCAGCACAGCCCCGCCGCUAUGCGUCGCCCUGCCGUUUCUGCGGCUGGACUGCAGUCAGGAUGCCGUCAGCCUCCUGACCAGCGUGCGGACGGCCAUGGAGGCCGCACUCCCGGAGCCGCCAGCGGCGAUGCGGCGGAUGGCCUCGGACAUGUACGAGUACUGGCGAACCCGCGACACCUACUGGCGCUUCCUCCGCCAUCUCCUCACAGCGAUUAUAUGCCCUGGAUUCGAUUCCUUGUUUGGCACGGAACCGGGCGGUUCAGUAUGGCAGCACGUUGACUUCCCCAACACUCCGCUGCCGCAGCUGACCCGUUUAACCGUCUGCGCUCUGGACUCCUUGUGGUGCCCGUGCAGCUGUGCAGCCGAUGUUGCUGUAGACCCAUAGCGGUGAUCUGCAUCUGGCCAAGACAAUGGCCAUCCGCUUAGAUAGCGGAUAUAAGGCGUUUGUUCUCAAUUUCGAGUCCAAAUAAUCAGUUUCGCGAGCUAACCAUAAGCAGUUGGUCACACAGAAUGUUACAGAUACUGAGCAGUUAACGUAAUGAGGUGAAAAAAAUUGACUGCUUGUUAUAAAUACGCUAAUAAAUUCUCAGUGAAAAUAAUUCCAAGUUCCAACUAUGCUGGAUGUUUAGCUAGUUAUUAUCGUUUGACAGAAAAUCCCGUUUCCUUGAACGUAGAGUACGUACCUUCGCUUCGGUCGAUUAUACAACAAACAAUAAUAAAAAGUUUAUCAAUACUGGAUGUCAGUACCGGACGGCUAUCGUAUCACAUCCACUUAACCCGAGCGGAGAAGCCGUAUUCGCAGCCAAAUUCCGGAGAGGCCCGGCGCCCAACCGCGUCACCGGCGCGCCACCAGCUACGUAGUCACCUGCCGGUAAAGGUCGACGAGGCCAUCGAUCGAUUAUCUGCCCGUACCGGAAGAAGAAACUAGCGCAGGAACACGCCCUGGCCAAUAUCCAGACCUUCGUCGACGAUCUGGAGCGCUGCAUCCAGCACAUCCACAAGGCGCCAUCUUCCUCCGGAAGUCCCGGCAAACCCGUCCCUCCGUCGGCAUUAACCACCGUCAGCCUGCCGCGGCCGGUCAUCCGCCGCGAGACCGCGGGCGACGUGGCGUGGGAGCGGAAGAACAAGACAGUGACCUUUAACGACCCCACCGCGCCGGGCGAACUCCGGCUUAUG